AAUUUUUUUGGCGCGCUCAUUUUCUUCCUCUAGGGCUAAACCCCCCCUGUCUCUCAAACCUAGUGACGGGCCUGCUUCUUGGUCUUGUAAUAGGCCUAUGUGGGCCUAUGGUUUGUUAAUACCGUACCUAAACGCACCAGCCAGCUAACCUAUGGAAAAGACGCGCAUAUUGAAUAAACCUUACAGAAUGUCUGUCUGAGGACUGGACUCCUCUUUUUGCUUGAGCUCUUCUCUCAAAGCCUCUUUUCAUGGGUGUAAAACAAUGUAUCUUCUUAUUACAACUUUGUGCGUAUUCAUUAUGAAAGGGCCUUUGUUGUUGUGCGUCACAUUGCAGCCCACACCUAGAGACGUUAGAUGGCGCUCAAUGACUCAUUCACGACUUUCGUGGGGAUCAGAGAUGGCACACUCCUACUUUUUACGUAACUCCUUUGACUAACGAGUAGUUGAAGAAAAAAAUGUGGAAUUGGACAAUAAUGAUGAACACUUCAGUGCGUAUCUAAAAUAGAGUACGCCUAUGCCUACCACCUAGCUGAAUUGGCCCAUUGGGUUUCAGUAGCAUAUUCUACUCUUUCCAACCAUUUUCUCAAUAAACUGAUCAUUUGCCAGGGGCUCCGUGUUUUUCCCUUCAGCAUUCCUUUGUCUGCGCAAUAGUUUAGGAUACCAAACACCCAUUGUGUCAUUUACGCCCUAGUGUGCACCCAAGUGUUGAGAAACUUCACUGCAAACUGAUAGCCUACUUAAAGCCAAACCUAGGUGGAAUACCAGCCCCAGUGAAUACGUUGGUAACAUUAGAAUCCCGACCUGUCAGUUUAGGGGCGCGCCUGUAGAGGGUUUCCGGGUACCCGCUUGCAAGCUUUAACUGCUGGGAGUUUUAAAGGGAAAAUAUAUCAGCUACUGUAAAUUGCGCUGCUGUUGUCCUGUCCGACGGGAGGUACAUUCCGCUGGAGCAGUAAAUAUUUGCUCGGCGACAACAAACUGCGUUUCACUUACCGCUCCCGUGGUUUUCCAUAUAGUUUCGAGCGGAUACAGCCUAUGCACCUACGGCUAUUUGUUGGUCCAUCUCGCCAGAACGAUACAUGGUGUUACAAUGGCAAUCAAGGCCCAAGUUUUGUAUGAGUUUAUAGCUGAAGCGGGAAACAACGAGCUGUCAGUGCGAGAGGGGGAGACUAUCACGAUCCUCAACCAGAAUGUGGGCGGUGGCUGGAUAGAAGCUCAGAACUCCAGUGGCAAUGUAGGUCUCGUCCCGGAGGACUACAUCGAGGUCAACAGUUCGACUCACAGUGCACCACCAGCCCAAGCUGUAGGAUCCUAUGAUGCCUAUAACUCUGAGCCUGCGGCACACACUCAGGGUACAAACGGCGGUGGAGCGUGGCCUGCCACAGCAUGGUCAGGAAACGACCAUGGGAACUCCUCUGGGAACUGUGAUUAUAGUGGACAACAGCAAACCCCCACCUACCAACAGCAGGGGUCCCUAGAGGACGAUGAGUGGGAUGAUGAAUCUGACGACGGGAGGUCAGCGGGUGGCUAUGGACAUGCUGAGGAGGGGGGCACUGCUCAACGAGGGGGUACCCUACACCCCUCUAUGAAGAUCUCCCUCAACAAGUUUUCCUUUUCUAAGACCCCUAAUCCAGAGGUCUUCCUCAUUGGACAAUCUCCUAACAAAGGAAAAGAGUCAUUGCCAAUAUAUAUGGGAGAGGUGGGUCCUGUCUGGCUGUACCCCCAAGUGCCGCUGGACUGUGUCGUUGCUGAUCCUAAAAAGGGCACAAAAAUGUACGGCUUGAAAAGCUACAUUGAAUAUCAAGUGACACCAAAUACCACAAACAGAGCAGUCAACCACAGAUACAAACACUUUGAUUGGUUGUAUGAAAGACUACUUGAAAAGUUUGGCUCAGCUGUCCCCAUACCCUGCUUACCGGACAAGCAGAUCACAGGACGCUUCGAUGACGACUUUAUUAAGAUGCGCAUGGAGCGCCUUCAAGGCUGGAUGAGUCGGAUGUGUCGGCAUCCCGUCGUCUGUGAGAGUGACGUCUUCCAGCUUUUCAUCAACUACAAGGACGAAAGGGACUGGAAAGUGGGCAAGAGGAAAGCAGAGAAGGAUGAGGUCAUGGGUCCAAUGAUCUUCUUCACAGUAGAACCUGAGGCACCUGAUCUGGAUCCUAUUGAAGUAGAACAGAAGUGUGAGAUGUAUAGUCGUUUCACGAAAACCAUGGACGAUGGGGUGAAGGAUCUGCUCAAUGUUGGGAACUUGCACUGGAAGAGGUGUACAGGACCUUUACAGAAGGAAUACCAAAAGAUUGGGAAAGCAUUUCAGAAUCUUUCUAGUGUCUUCACUACCAGUGGAUAUACAGGGGAGAGUGCACUCACAGAUGCCUUAACUGCAACAGGGAGAACCUAUGAAGAAAUAGCUGAAAUCGUGGCUUCACAGCCCAAGCAAGAUUUGCAUUUCCUCCUUGAAACAAACAACGAAUACAAAGGCCUGCUGGGCUGCUUCCCAGACACCAUCGGAGUCCAUAAGGCGGCCAUUGACAAGUGGAAGGAGGCCGAUCGUCUGGUGGCCAUGAAUAAGAUCACGCCUCAGGAGAAGGUCACCAUGGCCAAGCGACUGAGCACCAUGUCCUACUCACUCCAGGCUGAGAUGAACCACUUCCAUAGCAACCGUAUCUAUGACUACAAUAGAGUCAUGCGCCUCUACCUUGAGCGGCAGGUCACAUUCUAUGAAACGAUUGCUGAGAAACUGAGGCAGGCACUCAGUCAGUAUCAAGAGUUAUGAAGUAAGGUGGAUUAUAUAUGCAUAACACCACUUAAGUGUCCUUUGAGAUUAACUAAAGGCUAUCUUUUUUCAAAUGUACAAGCAGAAGUUAUAACACACUACUGCAUUUCAUCACAUUACGGUAUAUUUUUAAAACCAGAAGAUAACAAAUUGCACCUGAAUUUUGUGGACAUUUUGGCUUACUAUUUCAAGGAACUUGAACUUCGAAAGAGGAAGUUAUGGUGAGACAACCACUGAUACCACUGAUAUUUCUUGAACUCUGGUUCCUCUUUGCCAUCACGCGCAUCAUUUCACAUUCAUCAAGCAAACAAAAACGUUUUUUUUUCAAUAUGUCAACGUGUCUAGGAUAUUAGGCAUUCUGACAAAAACCAGCCUUCUUAAAAGCCAAUUGGAAUUCCUUCCAGAGAUGCUAUUACCACCAGGUAUUCCUGCCAUUCCCAUGUUGAAUGUCUCCGUCCGUCCAGACUCCAGAAGGUGAUUCAUUUCACAGGUCUUAAACCCUCCUGUUAUGCAUGGGGUCUAUUUGACCCCAUUCAAUGUUUAACGUCUGAAAAAUGUAUGAAGUACAUGUUUAUUUUGCUUCAUAUUUGAUGACUUUUCCUAAAUAUAUUGGGUCAAUGUGAAAAAAGUUAAAUGUCAACAUAAAUGUUUUCCCUAAGUGGUGUACACAUUUUGGGUACAUCUGUGUUCCUUGGGUCAAUUUGACAGGUCUAUAAGUUUGCCCUCUUACUGCAAAGUGCUGCAUUCCCUCAUGGUCAUCUUCAUUAUGAGCUAAGUCUAGUAACACUUCAUUUGAAGGGGUCGGUCUACAUAAAGACAUUGUGUCACUGGCAUAAGAUUGGCAUGGCCUGUCAGGAGCAAUAAUGACACAUAAUUUAUAUAUUUUUUAUUUGUUUUAAUGUUGUUGGCUUUUGCAUUCCUUGUUGGCUUUUGGAGUGUCACGUUGACAUUGUUUGAGUGCUUGAAUUGUUUGAAGAAGGUCAUUUGACCAAAACGUCGCAAGUAAAACUCCAACAGUGUGUGGGAGCCUUUUCUGUCUCAACUUUGGUGACCCAGUGGUUCUACUCCUACGCACCUGGCCUAAGGAGGUGUGCAAGAAUCCUAAAAAUAUAAAUCUGACAUGUGCCUUGUCAUCCUUAUGGUGGUUACAAGGCAGCAUUACAUAGACAUUAGAGGAAGUCUUACAGUAUGUCAAAUCCUAAUGUCACAUAGACAUUAGAGAAAGUCUUAUGUUAAAUCCUGAUGUCAUUUCCACUGAUUACAGAUACUGAGGCUGGUCCUUGACUUCAAUGUGACCAAUUGUUUAAAACUAAUGUAAUACUAAUAGUGUCCUAUGCUGUGUCCCCUAAUACGUUUUUUUAUUAUCCUGAAAGGGCUCUUGUGUCAUCCAAAUGAUCUAUGUUGUAUAGUUGAUAUGAUACAUACCGCAGGUUACACAUGAUAUCCUGGUUACACUUUACUUGACAUGUCGCUGCAUAACACAUUCAUAGCAGCUGUAAUACACUUUGCAAGAAGGAUUCAAGACUGUUUCGUAAGACAUUUAUACCAAACCUUUCAUAGACAUGGUAGACAAAAUGACAGUUGCUUGUCAAAAUCAGUAAUCAUUGAGGGUUCAGCACAAAGCCUGCAAUGCUGCUUUGUUUAACUUUUAUUUUGACAAGUUGCUGUCCUUCCCAUCGCUAUACAGUAGGUUCAGAGAGAGUAGAGAGAGAGAGGUUCCAUUGGCCCAUUGUUUCCGGGUUCUAUUAUUGGGGGGGAAAUCCCCCUUUAGGCAGACCUAGGAAGACCUGAGGACUGUUCUAUUCAAUGCUAGGAGCAUUAUGACACGCCCCUUUAGGCAGACCGGAACCUGGUCAUGUUAGGUGCCCAUAGAAACCUAUUAUGUUGGCAUAUCUCUAUACUUAAAGAAUCUCUGGUAGGUUCAUGAAAGGUUUGGUAUGAAUGCAAGGAUGGAUUACUGCAAGGGCCUACUGGGCCCAGGCCCAGGGGCCCAAGAGUCCAGAGGGCCCUGAAGCCCAAUCCUCUAAAUUUCCAUUCUCAUGUUGUGUAAAAUCACACUUUUAACAACUCUAUUUUCACAUAUUUUCAGGGGGAAAACACCUGAAUGCCCAACAAUAUAGGGUCUCUAACAUCUGGAGGGGGCCCUUUCUUGUUGUCUGGCCCAGGGGCCCAUGGAGUCAUGAUCCGUCCCUGUAUGAAUGGGUCAUGAUACAAUCAUGAAUGCUUCGUGCAGACUUUAUAACAGCUGCUAUGAAUGUGUUAUACAGGAACAUGUCAAGUUAAGUGUAACCGAUAUCCCUUUCAUCGUGUAAAAUGUGUCCUCAUUCCAAUGUCAUUCUAGUAAUGUGUGACUGCAAUAUUCACCUUUAUCUGAAUACACACAGUUGACUUAAAUGAAUGUAACUUUAUAUAUUGUAUAAAAUAAUAAAAAAUAUCUA